GGGCUUGGUGGAACUUUGAUUGGAUUUCUUUUCUGGGAACACAGCAUUUGAUGCUCCUCACUUGGUACCCUCGUUGGCCCUGGCACAAUGCACAACAGAAACGCCCAGAUGUACGUGGAGUGUAGGAUCACGGCUCCAGAGGCCCAGCCUAGUCCUGGCCUGAGGACUGCCAGCAACAGGGCUGGUGUUGAGCCCACCAUAUCAGAAGUCAGCCAGGUUGUGUUUACAGAUGCUGAAGGGAUAGACAGUGGGAAGCAGCCCUCAUCAGAACCAGGAGAGCCAGAGGACGGGCCCAGACACAGAGAGGCAUCAGAGGAGGGGUCUCCAGAGCUCAGCACCCAGGAGCAGAUGCCUCCGGCGGGGCCAAGCAGUCAUCUUUGGCCCCCACAGGAAGGGCCCGGGGAGCUGCAAGCAGGCCAGGAUCAGGCCACGCCAGGAAGUGAGCUGGAGGUGCUGCCCUCCAGGGUCCCUGCAGCACAGGAAAGGCUGCAGCAGCAGAGCUCAUGGAAGGAGACCAAGGACCAACAGGGGAGCCAGCAGAACCUAGGAACUGUGGAGGGUCAGUUCCCCGAGAGCCGCCAGGUAAUGUCCAUGGAGACCUGGGCAGGAGGGUAUGGAAUGACUGACCCACAGGGGAGGCGAGGGAGCAGGGAAUUGUUGGAGGAGAUGAUGGGGGGUUCUGUGUACGUCAAGGCCAACAAGCACCAGUUUAAACAGGCUGUGAAGAAGCUCUAUGACAUUGACGUGGCUAAGGUCCACACCCUGAUCAGGCCUGAUGGAGAGAAGAAGGCACAUGACCCAGAGUGUCAGCCCUUCCCAGGUCACCUGGCCGCCAAUGAGCCAGACAUAGUGCAGCCAACAGAGCCUUGUUGCACCUUGGACAGCUGUGGACAGCAACUGGGGGACAAGCCCCCCAAGGGAGUGGACACCCCACCCAUCAGGCCACAGGGCGCUCUGCCAGAGCCUGGCUCAGGGGGACAUGAGGACAGUCCCCAGGAAGCAAUGUCCCUAAUGCCCACGGCAACUCUGGAGGAAAAGACGGCCCACUCUUCCCCACCAUCUAUGCCAAGACCUAACACACCCAAAGAAAGGUAAGGCAUCCUCUGAUGGCCCCCCACCCCACUCCCUGGCCCCAACAAGACUGCUGUUCUGCUAAGCUACAGGGGAGGUGAAUUCUAGUCCUGACAGCUCCUGAUAUGAUGUAGAACUUGGUCAAGUCAUGCCCCGCUGGGCCUCCAUUUCCCCAUCUGUAUAGUAGCUCUAAUACCAGAAUUCUUUGUUCCACGGGCCUAUUCUUCAAGAGCCAUGUCCCCACAGGGGAUGUGAGGGUAUGAGGAGCCCGUCUGGGAUUAGAAGGCCAGGGGAACUAAGCUGGGGCGGUGGACCUGAGUGUCCUGGGGGCUGAGAGAAGGAGUGGGCAAGGGGCAAGCCUUGAGCCGAGCCCCUCCCUCACCUGGGAGUUCCUCCCUUGUUUAGGGACAAGGCUGUGGAGAUCCAGGCAGCACUGGGGCCUGUUCCUCCACCUGUAAGUAGAGCCACAGUGGGGAUGGGGACAGGGUGGGCUGGGGAU